GAGUCUGUUCUGCCAAGGUGUUCUGAACACUAACAGUAGCUUCAGUGGAAAUCACAUCUUUCAGGCCACAAACAGGUUGGCCUUGUUGCUGAAUUCUGAGCAAUCUGGGAAGAAUCAGUGGGAGAGGAAGAAAUGCCUACAGUAAACAGUAUGGCCAAUUGUGAGCUACAGUAGUGUGUCCUGAUCUAGAGAGCUGGCCCACUCCAGAAACAAGGAUCACAGCUGACAAGCUGUUGUUCCAUUCUGACAAAUGAGACACACUCAGAGAUGCUUACAGUGGAGAUGAGAGACCUGAGGAGCGUUCGUGCAAGGCAGCAUGAUUAUGGAUGUAUAUGACUGUUUCAGACCUGCCGCAGCUGCACAGGCACAGGCUGAAGAGCGGCGGAGCCAGGCGGGGAGCAGCCCAGCAUCACUUACAGCCAGUGCUGCCAAGAGCCAUGCUAAACCAGUGAUUGAUGGAGCAACCCUUAGAGUUGAUGACAAACUCAGAGUAGCCAAAGAAAGGAGAGAGGAACAAGAAAAGCAGCAAGCAGUGCGUGGCUCUCAGAUUCUAGAGCGAGAACGAAAGGCCAAACUUCAGGUUGAGAAACAGAUUGAGGAAAAACAAAGAAAGCUGGAGGAGCAGCGCAGGAAAGAGGAGCAGAGACGAGCUUCUGUGGAGGAGAAGAGGAAACAAAAACAGGAGGAGGAAAAGGAGCACUAUGAGGCAGUGAUGCGGCGCACUAUGGAGCGCAGUAAUCGCAUGGAGCAGAGGCAGAAGAGAUGGUCUUGGAGUGGCCUGCCAGACUCGGAUAACAAAAAUGGUCAGAGCGACAGUGGCCCCACCUCCUCCCCAGUCUCUAUAGUAAUCUCCCCAGCCUCUCCGGUCUCCAAGCCUUCGAGAAGCCACACACCACAAGACAAACGUUCCUCCUCUACUACAAACCUCAAACAGCCUACAGACUCUGCUAUCAGCAAGCGCCUAUCCUCUUCCUCUGCAGCUCUCCUCAACUCUCCUGACAAAAGUGCAAAGCGGAGGAGUUCAUCUUUGAACCGGUUGCCUAGCAAUGUCCCUCGGGUUUCUAAGGAAGUGCAUAAGCAGCUUCAGGUGGAACGGACAGACCCUGUCCUGAAGAAACGGAGCUCCUCCCUUUCCCGAGUGGGGAAUAAAACUCCACCCACUGGCAAACCAGAGAAACCUGCACCCAUUGAAUCAGCCCAACGCCCAUUGGCCAGUCCCAUGGACAGCAGUGUCCUCAGUCGUCUCCUCACCCCUACCCAGGCCUCUCUAGCUAGGAGCAAGAGUGCAACAGCGCUUUCAGCCCAUGGAGCGGAUGAGACAGAGUCUCACCUGUGUCCUCGAUCAGUGUCGUCCACGCCGGUGCCGCCCUCCCCUCGUGGUCCCCUGCGAAGUCGCAGCACCGACCGCCAAAAAAACACCCCCAGUUCUACCUCAGCUUCAUCUGACUCCAUCUCUAAUAUCGCUCAGAAAGCUGAAAAGGACAAGUCCUUCACUUCACCAGCAGCAAAACGUCCUCCUUCCCCUUCCAAUGUUUCUAGCCGUCACCGCUCUCCCUCACCAGGCCCACCCGGUGGUCCCAGGAGAGCACCAUCACCUGGAGCAGCCAAGCAAAGCCCUCAGUAUCGGCCACCGUCUCCCAGUGGGGUGAAGCAGAGGCCUCCAUCUCCUCAACCUGUUUCCAAACCUCCACCUGUCCAGAAACCUGCCCUCACUCCGACUGGCCCUCCUAUCCUGAGGAAGAGAGAGUCCAAACCCAAAGACGCUUCCCCAAUGCCUGCUUUAACAUCACAACCUCAUGACAUGAGCACUGCCAGCCCAGUCCCUAGCACCAAGCCCAAAGAUGAUCCUGGUAUGAAAGCCAUGGCCGGCACUAACUCGGCUGCUGAAGCUGCUAAGAUACUGGCAGAGAACAGGCGUCUGGCUCGUGAGCAGAAGGAGAGAGAGGAACAGCUCAGAGUACAGAGAGAGGAAGAGGAGAGGCUAAGAAAAGAAGAGGAAAAGCGGCGGGCAGAAGAGGAAAGAGUGAGGCGUUUGGAGGAGGAGAAGGUAAGAGCAGAGGAAAGAAAGAAGGAAGAGGAGGAGCAGGCUCGUAAAGCGGAAGAGGAGAGGGAGAAACUGGAGCUGGAGGAACAACAGAAGCGGGCCGAGUUACAAAAAGAGCGAGAAGAGGCGGAAGCAAAGGCUCAGGAGGAGGCAGAGAAGCAACGACAGGAAAGAGAGCGCAUCAUGCAACAGAAUCAGCAAGAGCGCAUGGAGAGGAAGAAGAGAAUCGAUGAAAUUAUGAAAAGAACCAGAAAAAUGGACCAAAAUGAUUUCAAGGGUAGCGAUGAGCGAGGCAUUCCAGAUGAGAAUGGUGAUGAAGUUAUUGACCAGCUAAACUGUGAAACCAAGGAGGACCAACCUGUACCAUCAGAGCUCGACGCAGAGGUCACCGACCUGUCCGACAACCAGGAGAAAGACACGUCUCUAGAAGGCCAGCUGAAAUCCCAAGAGCCGCUUGACGGUGUGAAUGAACAGACCAAAGUGGAUGACAAAGAAAACAACAAUGGCCUCAGUGCAGCGCAGCCUACGGCCAUCAGUAAUUCUUAUCAGAAGACACCUCUGGAGUUUAUGAAUGAGGACUGUAAACAAGGGCUGAAUGGAAAAGCAGGGUCCUGGAGCUUUGAAGAGAUUAUAGAUCUGGGGGUUCACACUAAAGGCCGGCCGCUCGUGGAGCCUGGUGCCUGUAAUCAGGAUCUAAUAGAUUGUGGUAUUGGACCUGAAGGACCCAGAGUGGGCUUUGAUGACAAGUCUGCCCCUCUGAACUCCCUCCAUCCAGCUCAGCCUAUUGAAGCCAUGUCUGAGAUUUGAUUUGAUGUCUUCACCCCAGGACAGUUCCUAAUUGCACUCUAUGAUUUCUGUCUGGUGGAGUUCCAAAGUUUUCUGUGCUCACCUGGACUGCCAGAGAAACACAGAGGAAUGCCUGCACCUCCAAAAAUAAAGUUGAAAAUACAGUUGGAAAAAAAAACUAGAUAAAAAUGUUAAAAAAAAAAAAAAAAGCUUCAGGGAAACAUAAAUUUUUAUUUUGCUUUAUUUUUUGCCUCUCUUUCUCUUUUUUUUUUCAUUGUUGGCAUCUUGUCAAUUUUCUGUUUUUCUUUCUUUGUCAUUAUUAAUGUUAUAUUGUUCUUUUUUUUAUGGGGCGUCUUUUGUAAUUUAUUUUUCUGACUCUUCACUCUGCAUUUUAUCCUUUACUGUUCCCCCCCCCCCAUAUUUGUAUUCCAUCGUAUUUCAAUUAGAUUUUGCUAGUGUACCCAGACAGUCAGAGGCCCCAAGCAGUAGUGAGCGUUUAAUGUGAAGUAAUGCUGAUGUGCCAGAGGAGGGGCACCUCCGACUGUCUCACACACUGGUUUAAAAAUGUUCGAGGGAUAAAUUAUCCAAGAACAAAGGCCUUUUCUACACACAAUUCCAGAUCCAUAGGUAAAAACACAUGCUGUAAAAUUUGGCAUCUUUUGUAUGUGAAGAAUCAUGCCUUGCACACAUGAGAACAAACUCUAUUCAGUCUUCUAGUUAUAGUUUCUUGUGUCUGAAAUGAAAUGAAAGAUAGCUAAUUUUAUAUAAAGAAAAAAAAACGCCUUUGGAUGCAGACUAUUGGGCUACACUGUGUAGAGAGCCUUGGCAAAGGUUUCUUUAAGUUACACUGAUGCAUGUGGCGCCUUACCUGCUUUUUCCAGCUUUUGCCCAAACUAAUGUUAUGACUCAGGCCAAUAGGCUGCUAGUUGUCCUCGCUCCUACUGUGAAGCACUGUAUAAACCGUAACCCUAGCAAAUCUUUAAGGUAUUUUAUUAAAUGUUGACAAAAUAGGAUCUGGUUAAAGUGCUGGAUUUCAAGCGCAGCCAAAACCUUUUCCAUCGAUCAUUGCUUUAGUUUUUAAAGGAUGAAGGUGUGUGGGGCAAAAAACAAAAAAAAAAUCCUUGUAAACAUUUGUCUUUUUUUUUUUUUUUUGAAGGAAGGUUUAACAUUGUAAACGUCUGCCAUAUGAUGCAGAUAUUUUCUUUUAUGUGUAGGUUAUUUCAACAGCAGUGUAUACAUUGGUUAGAUAUUCGCAAUAAGUCUAAUUUAAGAGUUUUCCCAAACUAACGUACAUCUUUGAAUAUCAGUGUGAACCUAUCCAUUACUCCAACUUGUAGUUAUAGCACACAGAAAAUUACUGUAAGCUCUUCUUAACUGCACAUUUAGAGGAGCUGUUGAGGUGCAUGUUGUUCUCCUUAGGAUGUCCGGCAUUGGGGUUUCUCUGUUCCGUUUUCAAAGCUUGAAUAAUUACUAGUGUUUUGGAAAAACCCCGUGUUCCCUCAGGGUCGUCAGUCUGCCAGGUCCUAAAGGGUUUCGUUUUAUUUCUGUUCCUCUCACCUCACUUUUUAAUCUUUAAUUCAGUGGCUCAGCCAGUUUUAUUAUAUCUUGUAAAAUUGAUCUCAUAUAUUAAGAUAAUAUUUAAGGUUAUAUUUCUACUUAUGCAAGUAUUAUGAACACGAUCAGUAUUCAGCUGUAACGCUAUGGCUUAGCAAAUAGGGAGUAAGUGAAAGGAAAGUGGUGUUUUGGUCGGUUUCUCUCUGGUGCACAUCUGUACUGCUGCUACUCAACAGCAUCUGAUCUAGAACAGGUAAAAGCUAAGUCUUUUUUUGUCAGAGGAAUAAAUGGACGGGAAUAAGAAUGUUGCAGGAGGUUGUGUGAGCAAGUUAUGAUGUUAUGCUGUCAGGUUGAGUUGAACAGGAUUGUCAUGCGUUUAGACUGUUUAUAGGUUACCCAUGUUUGAAUCCUGGUGAUGGAGCCAGAUGGAUUGUGUUCGGGACUUGAGGAUAAGAGGAUGAAUACUAUUUUUCUUCCUAUCUGUUUCAUAAUGCUGUUUGUAGUUGCAAAGAAAGGCUUGAACCUCAAAAUGCUUGAAGUGUGAAGCAAGGACGGUUAUGGGUCCGUAGUCUAUUUUGGAGAUGUGUGGGCUUUUAUACACUAGUUUACUCAGAAAUGACUGAGGCCACUAUGCACAGGGCAUAUCGUUAAUUAAGAUUGUGGUCAUUUACUAAUUAGCAUCCAUAACACCACUCCUUCCAAUGUAGGCAUGAAUCACUUACUUGAACGCCAUAUGUUCAAGUCCCCCCCCAGGACAAGAGACAUCAAACAGUUUAAACAGUCAGGUUGAGACCCAAACACUGUUCAGAAUUCCAGUGGUGACACUCAGGCAAGGGAGAAAGAAAAAAAAAACUGAAUAAGUGUGUGCUUGACAUGUUGGGGAGAAAGACUGCAAAACCCUUUUAGUUUAUCCCAACCUUUUAGCAGUCCCUCCUUCCCACAUGGUUUACACAGAUGUUAGAUAACCCCAAAGUGCUUAGAGUCUUGCACUGGUGGCUACAGCUGCAGUCAGUCUUGUGUUCGUGUAUUUUUUUUUUUAUGUAAGCUGCUUUUGCAGGAAAUCAGCAUGGUCAUUCGUCGCACCAGUGCAAUCGCUGCUUCUAUUUUUACCCCAUGAACCUAUAAAACUGUGAGUGUUUUGGGUUUCAGAGCUGUUCUCUAGCUUACACUGCUCACCGUGGUGGUAGGAUAGAAUGGUGCCUUAGGAAUAGAGUGAGAUACUUAUUUAUUUUUCAUGUUACAGACUAAAAGUUACAUGAUGUGCUUUCACUGGCCAUGACAAUCAUUUUACUUGACCAGGUCCCUAAAUAAAAUGAAAUAUUCUGUAUCGUACAAUAAUCCUGACUACAAAUUAUAGUUGUACAUUUACCCAACUUAUACUGGAAAAGAAAAUAAACUCCUCAAAUAAAGUUUUGCUAAAUAAAAGAAGUAAAUGUUUUUGAUGUAAAGUUGCUUAUACCAGCUGUAAUAUAGUUGUGCUUUUGUUAUUCAUGAAUGAAGGCUUUAGUUGAAGCUUGAAAUUUAUUGUUCAGAUUCCUUGUUGCGUCACCCAAAAUGUCAUGAAUAAAAUAUAUACUAAUA